CACCUGCCGAGGAAGCUUCUUUCAAUUAUGAACAUGAUCAUGAUCAUGACUAUGACCUACCUACCUACUGGUGAAAUAUGAAUGGAAGGGGAUGGAGGAAUGAAUUUCUUGAUGCAACUGCAACUGCAACCACAACAUCGAAGAUCAACGAUUCAAGAAUUCAAGAAUUCAAGGUUCUCCAAUUCUCCGAAGUGUUUUAUUGUGAUGUAGUACAAGCAAGGUAUUUGUGAAACAACAUCUUGAGUUGCACCUCUAUCACGGAAGAGGGCGAGAGAGAAGAUAGACAAAAGCAAAGAAACAUCAUUGAAGAUACGGAUACCGGACCUCAUCUCAUUCUGGAAAUCGUUUCGAUAUUUGAGUCGAAAGUCAAACGCUAACAACUCCUCCUCGAGGGUUAUCCGAAAGUUCCGCUUCAAUUCAAUUCGAUAUUGUUAUUGCUUCUUGCUUCACUCACGGUCCUGUGGGACUUUUGGCUAUAUGGAUGGAUGGAACAUUGAAUUGAAUGUCAAACAUUGAAUGAACAUAUUUACCCCAUCGGAGGUUAUUAUCACCGAGCUUACUUUCUAUCUUUGUACGAUACAGCUUCUCGGACAACAGUUCUUCCAUCACCGAAAAUUUCCAUAUUCAUCAUACCAUCCAAAGUUACAAUCUACAACUUCCGAUUGUUGUACAGUGAGCAUCUGCUUGUUUACUGUUCUGCAAACUAAUUAAUUGGAGUCGCAUACUUCUUCUCCAUCAAGAAUCCUUUCAAGAAACUAAUCAACGUUCCUUCCUUUUGCGCCGAUGAAGUCAAAGUGAAAAAGAUGAACCAUAACGACGCGCCAACAAUGCAAUCCUAUCCAUCUCCUAACGCGACUGCUGCUGAUAGUAGUGGUGGACCUUUCUAUGGACCAAAUUCCUCGAAUCCACAUCCCAAUCAACAUCAGCAACAUCUACCCACUCCCGAUGAGCUGCAACUUGCAGAGCAAUUAUCCGCCGAUGCUCAAUUAUCACGUAGUAUACAGCCAAACAUGGGAACCAAUCGUGGAAUGAGCGAAAAUCCAGAUUCUCGAGGUCAAGGAAAUGUCAACAUGAACCAUCAAUACCAACCAGAUCAUCAAAUGCAUGGAGGUCAUACACCUAUGAAUCAUGGACUUAUGGAAGUGGGUCCUCAAUAUGAGGAUGAUUCAAUAUCUCCAGCUGGAAGAAAGAGAUCAAAGGUAUCAAGAGCUUGUGAUGAGUGUCGGAGAAAGAAAAUCAGAUGCAAUGCCAAUGAACCAGGAAAUGAAGAUAUAUGCUCAAACUGUAAAAGAGUCGGUGUUCAUUGUCAAUUUAGCAGGCAACCUAUGAAACGUGGACCAAGUAAAGGCUACAUUAAAGAGCUUGCUGAUCGGAUCAAUACAUUGGAAGGUCAAGUGCAAGGAAGUGAGAUGCCUCAAUAUCAACAGUCACAAGAUAUUUUACAAAGAAGACCUUCCGAAGAGUUUUCUCCGACUCCGAACCCUGAGCAACUUCCCCGCAAGCGCGGUUAUUCUUCAAUUUCCGGGGUCGGCGAAUUUAAUUCUCCGUAUCAGAAUCAACCACAGAGGUCAGCUUCCAAUUGGAUCCCUCAAGAACAGCCGCGUUCUUCAAUUCCAAAUUCAUCAUAUCCUACCGGUGCAUCACUACCUGGUACCACUCAACUACCUACCAGAGAGCAGAACUACUCGCCAAACAUGACAGUACCUCAGCAGAAGUGGGUGAACGCGCCUGUUGUUAGUGGUUCUGUUGAAGCAGUAAAUCAUACCUCCCAACCUCACACUGAAGAUCCUGUGGACUAUAUUGACGAUUCUCUUCUUGAAAAUUAUUACAAAUUCAUACACCCAACUUAUCCUAUACUAUCCCUCACCAAAGCCAGGUUAAUUUCUCGGCUUUCUGCUUGUCCUGCUCCUGUCAGGCAUGCUUUUUGGGAGGCGCUAUAUGCUGCAAUCAGAUCAUUUCCAACCGCAGUUCCCCUCAAGCCACGAGGUAUCACAAACGCUGUCAGACUCAUUCACACAGUUCAAUAUGAUUCGCAAACCAUCCGUUCCCCUACUACUAUGAUCGCAUAUCUUCAAAUAAUGAUGCUGCUUUCAAUUGAAGCCAACAAUCUCCCUUGUGACAUUCAGGACGGUCAAAUUAUUCAGUUACCAUCUGUUUGGUUGAGCACUGCUGUUGGCUUCGCAUAUUCUACGAAAUUGCACGCACACAAACCAAUUGACAAAUCGAACAAUGAUCCGGAUUCUGAUGACAAGCAUGCGAGGCGAGUUUGGUUCAGCUUGGUCAUUAUGGAGAGAUGGAAUGCUGCAGUGAGAGCUUGUCCAAUACAAAUUCCAGAUUCGGUUGCACAAAUUUAUCCUGAUGAUCGAGCUAUAUUGGGUGAAGUUACAUACCAUUUAGUUCGUAUCGCCGUCGUUAUUGGAAACUACACAGAGGUGAAUCUUGCUACAAAUGACUUGCCGCCGCUCGCAGUUCAUCGUGGACUUCACUCUCGACUCCUCAAAACCCAACUCGAACUCGUACGUCAUGAGUUGAGUAAUUCUGGUAUCACACCGAUCGAAUCUCCCGUUCUUCAUAUCAAUUAUUGGUGUGCUUAUCUCCUUAUACUACUUCUUCAAGGGCCACAAGAAGACGCCGAUGAACAAAUGAGAGCUACUCAUUAUAUUAUCAGCCAACUUUCUUUCAAUCCAGACCUUAAAUCUCCUCUAGUAAAUUACUACAAAUGUUUCGCAGCUCUCGCACUUCCAAAUCUUCUUCAAAUUGAGAAUACAAAGAAAGAGGCAGAAACUACAUUGAAAACUAUGUUAGAUGGUCGGCUUGCAUCUUCGUCUUGGGAUAAAGUGACAAUGGAAUUCUUGAUCAAUCAUUUGGGACCGCAAAGAAGAGGAUCGAUUGGUUUGUCUCAAGGUCAAAGUCAAGGAGUGCAACAAGUUCCAAGUGCAGUGGUGAAUGCAAAAGUAGAUGACAAUCAACAUAUGAUUACGGCUGCAAAUCAAGGUCUUCAACGUUUGGCUGAUUUGGCAACAGCAGAGACGGAAGAUAGAGUAGAAGCUAGCAGUGGAGUUUCGACUGCGGAAACGGGGAAGAACGAUAAAGACGGAAGUUUCUCGAGUGGGGGGUUGAAUAAGGUAUAGGUGGUGUGUGAUUAGAAGAGAUUGAGGGGAGGGGUGGAAGAGGAUAAGGGGGAGAAUAUAUAAGAUUAAGAUGGUGUGUGAGAAGUGGGCAUGGUGCUUCAAGCAUUUAACAUGGAGUUAUUUGGGUGGAUGGAUUGAUGGAUAGGAUAGGAUAGGAUGGUGGUGUUUUGGGACAUUGUUAUGUAUCAUAGUAAGGUUUUGUUUGUGUAUACCCCCAUUUUGAAGUUCUAUUUUUCUGAAAUUUUGCGGAUGGGGUUUGAGAGGAGAGGAGAGGAGUUCGGGUUGGGGUGUGAUGUGGUGUAGUAUAUGGGGUGAGGUGUGUGGUGAUGGCACUUGGAGAUGGAGAGGGGAAAACAAAUUGGGACUGGACGCGUGUAUGCAUUUAUAGGCGUUAUUUUGGGGAUUUAGGAUGUUUAUUUGGUUUUGGUUUUCGGUUUUUGGUAUGAAGGGGGUGAGACUUGAAAUUAUUCGGGGGAUUUGAAAAGAUCGAAUUUGAAUGAGUGGAGAGCAAGAAGAGAGGAGGGGAAGAAAGUGGUAUGGGGGUUGUAGAAUGGAUAUAUCUGUUUGUGUAUUUGAGUGUUUGAGUAGAAUGCAUUGAUGAAUUGA